GAGCUGCAGGCAGGGAGAAGGGCAGCGCGCCGCCUUAGGCAGUCCGCGGCCCAGGCGGACAGACCAGGGACAGAAGGAUAGACCGACGUCGCUGAAGCAGAACCAUGUGAGGACCAACCCAGGAAGGUGGACUAGAUGAGAGCUCAGAGGAUCAAUCUCCUUGUCCUCGCCCUACUCAGAAUGGAACAGAGGAGGCCCUGGCCACGGGCCCCCGAGGUUGACAGCUGGUCUAUGGUCUUGCUCUCAGUGGUCUGGGUGCUGCUGGCCCGCCCAGCAGCUGCCAUGUCUCAGUUCAGCACCUUUCGCUCUGAGAACCGUGACUGGACCUUCAACCACUUGACCGUCCACCGGGGAACAGGGGCUGUAUAUGUGGGGGCUAUCAACAGGGUGUAUAAGCUGACGGGCAACUUGACCAUCCAGGUGGCUCACAAGACAGGUCCAGAGGAAGACAACAAGUCUUGCUACCCACCACUCAUUGUGCAGCCCUGCAGCGAGGUACUCACCCUCACCAACAACGUCAACAAGCUGCUCAUUAUUGACUACUCUGAGAACCGUCUGCUGGCCUGUGGGAGCCUCUACCAGGGGGUCUGCAAGCUGCUGAGGCUGGAUGACCUCUUCAUCCUGGUGGAGCCAUCCCAUAAGAAGGAGCACUAUCUGUCCAGUGUCAAUAAGACAGGCACCAUGUACGGGGUGAUCGUGCGUUCUGAGGGUGAGGAUGGCAAGCUCUUCAUCGGCACUGCUGUGGAUGGAAAGCAGGAUUACUUCCCGACCCUGUCCAGCCGGAAGCUGCCCCGUGACCCUGAGUCCUCAGCCAUGCUUGACUAUGAGCUACACAGUGAUUUUGUCUCCUCCCUUAUCAAGAUACCCUCAGACACCCUGGCUCUGGUCUCCCAUUUUGACAUCUUCUACAUCUAUGGCUUUGCCAGUGGGGGCUUUGUCUACUUCCUCACUGUCCAGCCUGAGACCCCCGAGGGCAUGGCCAUCAACUCCGCCGGAGACCUCUUCUACACCUCACGCAUUGUGCGUCUCUGCAAGGAUGACCCCAAGUUCCACUCGUAUGUGUCCCUGCCUUUUGGGUGCACACGGGCUGGGGUGGAAUAUCGCCUCCUGCAGGCCGCUUACCUCGCCAAGCCUGGGGACUCCCUUGGCCAGGCUUUCAACAUCAGCAGCCAGGAUGAUGUACUGUUUGCUAUCUUCUCCAAAGGGCAGAAGCAGUAUCAUCACCCACCCGACGAUUCUGCCCUCUGUGCCUUCCCCAUCCGUGCCAUCAACCUGCAGAUCAAGGAGCGUCUUCAGUCUUGCUACCAUGGCGAGGGGAACCUGGAGCUCAACUGGCUGCUGGGGAAGGAUGUCCAGUGCACCAAGGCGCCAGUCCCCAUUGAUGACAACUUCUGUGGACUGGACAUCAACCAGCCGCUUGGAGGCUCGACUCCAGUGGAGGGCCUGACCCUGUACACCACCAGCCGGGACCGCAUGACCUCCGUGGCCUCCUAUGUCUACAAUGGUUACAGCGUGGUUUUUGUGGGGACUAAGAGUGGCAAGCUGAAGAAGAUUCGAGCAGAUGGUCCCCCUCAUGGUGGGGUCCAGUAUGAGAUGGUCUCUGUGCUCAAAGACGGGAGCCCCAUCCUCCGGGACAUGGCCUUUUCCAUUGAUCAGCGCUACCUCUACGUCAUGUCUGAGAGACAGGUCACCAGAGUCCCUGUGGAAUCAUGUGAACAGUACACAACUUGUGGGGAGUGCCUGAGCUCGGGGGACCCUCACUGUGGCUGGUGUGCCCUGCACAACAUGUGCUCCCGCAGAGACAAGUGCCAACGGGCCCGGGAACCUAAUCGAUUUGCUGCCAGCAUCAGCGAGUGCAUGAGCCUCGCAGUGCAUCCCAGUAGCAUCUCGGUGUCUGAGCACAGCCGCUUGCUCAGCCUUGUUGUGAGUGAUGCUCCCGACUUGUCUGCGGGAGUCGCCUGUGCCUUUGGGAAUCUGACGGAGGUGGAGGGGCAGGUGUCCGGGAGCCAGGUCAUCUGCAUCUCGCCUGGGCCCAAAGACGUCCCUGUCAUCCCUUUGGAUCAAGAUUGGUUUGCACUAGAGCUGCAGCUGAGAUCCAAGGAGACAGGGAAGAUAUUUGUCAGCACUGAGUUUAAGUUCUACAACUGCAGUGCCCACCAACUCUGCCUGUCCUGCGUCAACAGCGCCUUCCGGUGCCAUUGGUGCAAGUACCGCAACCUCUGCACUCAUGACCCCACCACCUGCUCCUUCCAGGAGGGCCGGAUCAAUAUUUCAGAGGACUGUCCCCAGCUAGUGGCCACAGAGGAGAUCCUGAUACCAGUUGGGGAGGUAAAGCCAAUCACACUUAAGGCCCGAAACCUGCCCCAGCCUCAGUCCGGCCAGCGAGGCUAUGAGUGCGUCCUCAGCAUACAAGGAGCCAUCCAUCGAGUCCCUGCCCUGCGUUUCAACAGCUCCAGCGUCCAGUGCCAGAACAGUUCGUACCAGUACGACGGGAUGGACAUCAGCAACCUGGCCGUGGACUUUGCCGUGGUGUGGAAUGGCAAUUUCAUCAUCGACAACCCUCAGGACCUAAAAGUCCACCUUUACAAGUGUGCAGCCCAGCGGGAGAGCUGUGGCCUCUGCCUGAAGGCCGACCGGAAGUUUGAAUGCGGCUGGUGCAGCGGUGAGCGCAGAUGCACCCUCCACCAGCACUGUACCAGCCCCUCCAGCCCCUGGCUCGACUGGUCCAGCCACAACGUCAAGUGCUCCAAUCCCCAGAUCACUGAGAUCUUGACAGUGUCCGGGCCGCCUGAAGGAGGGACUCGCGUGACCAUCCACGGUGUGAACCUGGGCUUAGACUUCUCCGAGAUCGCCCACCACGUGCAGGUGGCUGGGGUGCCCUGCACACCCCUCCCCGGGGAGUACAUCAUCGCUGAGCAGAUCGUCUGUGAGAUGGGCCAUGCCCUCGUGGGGACGACCUCUGGGCCUGUGCGCCUGUGCAUUGGCGAGUGUAAGCCAGAGUUCAUGACCAAGUCCCAUCAACAGUAUACCUUUGUGAACCCUUCAGUGCUGUCACUCAACCCCAUCCGAGGGCCAGAGUCAGGAGGCACCAUGGUGACCAUCACAGGCCAUUACCUUGGGGCUGGGAGCAGUGUGGCAGUGUACCUAGGCAACCAGACCUGCGAGUUCUACGGGCGGUCAAUGAAUGAGAUUGUGUGUGUCUCACCCCCCUCAUCCAAUGGACUGGGCCCAGUCCCUAUUUCUGUGAGUGUAGACCGAGCCCAUGUGGACAACAACCUACAGUUUGAGUACAUUGAUGACCCCCGUGUCCAGCGCAUUGAGCCAGAGUGGAGCAUUGCCAGUGGCCACACUCCCCUGACCAUCACAGGCUUCAACUUGGAUGUCAUUCAGGAGCCAAGAAUCCGAGUCAAGUUUAAUGGCAAAGAAUCUGUCAAUGUGUGUAAAGUUGUGAACACAACCACCCUGACCUGCCUGGCACCCUCUCUGACCACGGACUACCGGCCCGGCCUGGACACUGUGGAACGGCCAGACGAGUUUGGAUUUGUCUUUAACAAUGUCCAGUCCUUGCUGAUUUACAACGACACCAAGUUCAUCUACUACCCCAACCCAACCUUUGAACUGCUGAGCCCUACUGGAGUGUUGGAUCAGAAGCCAGGAUCACCCAUCAUUCUGAAGGGCAAAAACCUCUGCCCGCCUGCCUCUGGAGGUGCCAAGCUCAACUACACAGUCCUGAUUGGAGAGACCCCUUGCGCUGUCACUGUGUCUGAAACACAGCUCCUCUGUGAGCCUCCCAACCUCACAGGGCAGCACAAGGUCAUGGUUCACGUGGGCGGGAUGGUGUUCUCUCCUGGCUCGGUGAGCGUGAUCUCAGACAGCUUGCUGACCCUGCCAGCCAUUGUGAGCAUUGCGGCGGGCGGCAGCCUCCUGCUCAUCAUCGUCAUCAUCGUCCUCAUUGCCUACAAGCGCAAGUCUCGAGAAAACGACCUGACUCUCAAGAGGCUCCAGAUGCAGAUGGACAACCUGGAGUCCCGCGUGGCUCUGGAGUGUAAAGAAGCUUUUGCCGAGCUCCAGACAGACAUCAACGAGCUAACAAGUGACCUAGACCGCUCAGGAAUCCCCUACCUGGACUACCGCACCUAUGCCAUGAGAGUUCUGUUCCCGGGCAUCGAGGACCACCCCGUGCUACGGGAGCUGGAGGUGCAGGGGAAUGGUCAGCAGCAUGUGGAGAAGGCCCUGAAGCUCUUUGCCCAGCUCAUCAACAACAAAGUGUUCCUGCUGACCUUCAUCCGAACCCUGGAGCUGCAGCGGAGCUUCUCUAUGCGGGACCGUGGCAACGUGGCCUCGCUCAUUAUGACCGGCCUGCAGGGCCGCCUUGAGUAUGCCACCGAUGUCCUCAAGCAGCUACUCUCGGACCUCAUCGACAGGAACCUGGAGAAUAAGAACCACCCCAAGCUGCUUCUCCGGAGGACAGAGUCAGUUGCUGAGAAGAUGCUGACCAAUUGGUUUGCCUUCCUCCUGCACAAGUUCCUGAAGGAGUGCGCUGGGGAGCCGCUCUUCAUGCUGUACUGUGCCAUCAAGCAGCAGAUGGAGAAGGGCCCCAUUGAUGCCAUCACAGGCGAGGCCCGCUACUCGCUGAGUGAGGACAAGCUCAUCCGACAGCAGAUUGAGUACAAGACUCUGAUCCUGAACUGUGUCAACCCUGACAAUGAGAACAGUCCAGAGAUCCCAGUGAAGGUAUUAAACUGUGACACCAUCACGCAAGUCAAGGAGAAGAUCCUAGAUGCUGUGUAUAAGAAUGUGCCCUACUCCCAGCGGCCAAGGGCUGUGGACAUGGACUUGGAGUGGCGCCAAGGCCGGAUUGCCCGGGUCGUGCUGCAAGAUGAGGACAUCACCACCAAGAUCGAGGGCGACUGGAAGCGGCUCAACACACUGAUGCAUUAUCAGGUGUCAGACCGGUCAGUGGUGGCUCUGGUCCCCAAACAGACCUCCUCCUACAACAUCCCUGCCUCUGCCAGCAUCUCAAGGACAUCCAUCAGCAGAUACGACUCCUCCUUCAGGUACACGGGCAGUCCCGACAGUCUGCGAUCCCGGGCUCCCAUGAUCACCCCAGACCUGGAGAGUGGGGUCAAAGUGUGGCAUCUGGUAAAGAACCAUGACCACGGGGACCAGAAGGAGGGGGACCGGGGCAGCAAGAUGGUGUCUGAGAUCUACCUGACCCGGCUACUGGCCACCAAGGGCACCCUGCAGAAGUUUGUGGAUGACUUGUUUGAGACCUUAUUCAGCACUGUGCACCGGGGCAGUGCUCUCCCCCUGGCCAUCAAGUACAUGUUUGACUUCCUGGAUGAGCAGGCAGACAGACACAGCAUCCAUGACACAGAUGUGCGGCACACCUGGAAAAGCAACUGCCUCCCUCUGCGGUUCUGGGUGAACGUGAUCAAGAACCCACAGUUCGUGUUUGAUAUCCACAAAGGCAGCAUCACAGAUGCCUGCCUCUCAGUGGUGGCCCAGACCUUCAUGGACUCUUGCUCCACAUCAGAGCACCGGCUGGGCAAGGACUCACCCUCCAAUAAGCUGCUCUAUGCCAAGGACAUCCCCAGCUACAAGAGCUGGGUAGAGAGAUACUACGCAGACAUCACCAAGCUCCCUGCCAUCAGUGACCAGGACAUGAAUGCCUACCUCGCCGAGCAGUCCCGCCUGCACGCUGUGGAGUUCAACAUGCUGAGUGCCCUCAAUGAGAUCUACUCCUAUGUCAGCAAAUAUAGUGAAGAGCUCAUCGGGGCCCUAGAGCAGGAUGAGCAGGCCCGGCGGCAGCGGCUGGCGUACAAAGUGGAGCAGCUCAUCAGUGCCAUGUCCAUCGAGAGCUGAGAGGAGGAGCCUCUUCCUGGGAAGAGGGACCCGUCAAAGCUGUCACACCAGGAAUCUCAGAAGGAAAGGCAAGCAAAGGGGUUCAGGCCCCAGAGCUUGUUGUCCCCUGAGACCCAUCCUGGAGAGAGGGGAUGGCCCCCUCCCCACGCCAGCCAAGUUUCAUCAUAGCCAGUUCCUGCCAAGAGAGAGAGCAGGCAUCAUGCAUCCACAGUGAGGACGAGAGACAGGGGCACUGAGAAGGUGGUUUCUUCAAGCUGAGAGGCGCGAGUGGGGACACUCCACCUCUGUGACUGCUGCUUUGCAUGGAAACUCAUUUGAUGUAUAUUGGGGAAAUAAUGAAAACUUUAUUUAAUUUUUUUUAAGAAAAAGAAAAGAAAAAAACAGAAAUAAAACAAAACAAAAAGCCACCCUGU